GAUAAACUACGACUUUCAAAACUACAAUAAGAUAUUUUUUAACAGAUUUUCGCCAUCUUUUACUGUAAUUUUUGGGCUUUUACGUUUCCAACAUUUGACGCUGUGUGGCGUUGUUUUAGGUUCAUAAAGCUUCUUGUUUGCUGCAUUAAGAUCGCCAUAUUUUAAAAGUAUAUGCCAUUGAACGCAUAGGUUCUUUUUCUCUCGGUGUUUCUGCGUGGAUGUCGCAAUGCCAAGUGUAAUUUCAACUGUGUUUUUAAGCCUUAACUUUGGAUUAUGAAGGUGUUAAAAACUUUACUGAAUGAACUUCUGUAAAUCGGCCUGAAGAAAUAAAUUCGUUAUGGUUAUCUGGAAGUCAUGGAAGAUUCGACUUUACUUAUUGCUUCAACAGAUGAUUGUGUAUCAUGUCGUCAUAAAAAGCGCCACCAGUGUUGAGGUGCCUUUGAAAAUUCGACAUUUUAAAUUCCCCCAAACCGUAGAGGAGGAGGAGAAUGUUCAGAUAUUUUGUGGUCUAGAAGUGGGAGAUGGGGAGGUUGAGUUCCGGUGGUUAAAAGACGGGUUGCCUAUUGUAUCUGGAUCAUCUUGGACUAUUGUUACACACGCAAAGUUCUCUGUGCUAGAAGUAAAUAAUGUGAAAGUUAGUAGUUCUGGAAACUAUACCUGUGUUGCUAAGAAUGAAGUUGGAAUAGACCGCCACACUGCGAUCUUAUCAGUUCAAGGCUCACCAACGUGGAAAGAAGAACCUAGUGACACGAAGGUUGCAGUUGGAGAAUCAGUGGAAAUGCAAUGCUCUGCUUACGGCUCUCCAACGCCCUCUGUUGUUUGGACUAAGACUGGGAGUAAACAUGGCGCCUUACUUGAGUUUGUCGAUAGUCACGGAACUUUACGUUUAGACGAUAUUCAACGAGAAGAUGGAGGCUACUACACAUGCGUAAUAGAGAAUGGCAUUGGAAGCCCCCUGCAAAAGACGAUAGAAAUCAAAAUUAAGGGUAACGUUGAAAUGUUUCGAAGUUGAGUAGUGGGGUCAGGUGGAGUAAUUUGUUAAAAUAAUAGAAUGAAGAGCUCCGUAAAAGUACAGAUUCAACCAGAAGAUGGCUCUAUUGGAGAUAACUUUGAAACGAAAUUUCAAAGUGGAAGACAUUGAUAACUUGUAACAUUUGAGUGGAGUAAUGUAAUGAUUAUUGGCUUCGUAUUUCCUGUGGUCUUUACGUUUAGGGUUAAGUAGGUAGAUAUAAUUAGUUAGACAUCUCAUAAGAUUUUUAAAGAAGCUUCUGCAUGUUGGUCAUAACUUUGACAUUUGUUGAAAAUGGCGUAUAUUGCUCAGAAUAUUUUAAACUGGUAUUUAAUUUUAUUGUAUUUCGUUAUGGUCUACGAGGCGAUCGGGAAACUGUUCUUUUUUGCCAAUGGAAGUUAUUUGUAAUCUUGCGAAGAACGAAUUUGCCCAAAUAAUAUUCGAUAAUAUUUAGAGAUAAAUGAUUUUGACGCCAUCUUUUGUGGAUAUUUUGUACUUUAAACAUUUGACGACAUGUGGCGCUGCUUAAUAUUAUCAGGUUUCUUGUCGUUUGGUCAUAUUCGCCAUAUUCCAGAAGUAUUUUAUAGAGAACGCAUGGACUAUGCUUGUAUUCCAAUUUCUUAGAUGCUGGAAUUAAUGUAUAUUGUCAAGUUAGUUUGGGUGUACCAAAACUAUAGGGUAUGUGGAUGUAAGCUAUCACUACCUAUUCUUAUGUAAGCUUGGAAAAGAUGUCCGCGAUGGUUUUGCGGUCUUGGAAAUGCUCUUUGUGUCUGCUGCUUCUACAGAGGACCCUAGAUGUCGUCUUGAUGAACUUUACGAACGUGCUGUUUGCGUACGCCCUGGUUCCGGUUAAAAUCCAACCAUUCUCGUUUCCUCAAGCACCAGAAGAAGGAAAAACAAUACAGGUUACUUGUGGUGUGGAAGAAGGAGACGAUCCUGUUAAAUUUACCUGGUUAAAAAACGGAAAUAUCGUUCACUCGGCAGAUCAUUUAACAAUUCUUACCCAUAAAAGACUAUCCGUUCUCAUAGUCAACAAUGUGAAUGUAAACGACAUAGGUAAUUACUCCUGUUUAGCAACAAACCCUGGAGGUGAGGACAAGUUCUCAUCAGAACUGUUGGUUCGAGGUCCACCUCGUUGGAACCAAGAGCCCCAAGACGUAAUUGUUGGUGUUGGAGAUAAAGCAGUCAUCAAUUGUACAGCCUUGGGGCAUCCAAAACCGGUUGUACGGUGGGCAAGAGAGACUUCAAGGGGCGUGGCAGAUGUGGGUCUUACAGCCUUACCGCGAAGUGACAGAGUCAGAGAGGAUAAAAAUGGCGCUCUUGUUAUCGACAGUGCUCAACCUGAAGACGCCGGAUACUAUAACUGUCGCGCAUCGACCGGAAUAGGAACGGACCUCGUCAAGACUGUACAAGUGACUGUAAGAGGUGAAGCGACGGUUUUCGUAAAUAAAACACCAGUCCGUAGUUUGGUUUGCAAAAAUAGUUGUCCUGAUAAGGAAAAACCCACAUUAAACCUAUUUUUUAAAUAUUGUUAUCUCUGUGUUUAUAUUACGAUGUACAUUCACACAGCCAGCAAACAACACACACGUGUGCAUUCAACUUUACAUGAUUAUCGCACUAAUUCCAUCCGGGUUUUCAUUUUUCCUCGCGUUGUUUACUAUGUAUGGUACGCUAAACAAAAGGCCGUUGUAUUUUUUAUUCGUUAUUAUCUUGUCUUAACACUACAGUGUCUAAUUAUCACAGCGGAUCAGACCUGACCUUAUUAUUUCAUUACUUACAGUGUAAGGGAUUGUUAUCAAUCGGCAUAUUGUUUUUCUUUUCAAAGUCGAGUACUGCAGUAUCUGAUAAUAUAAAAAUAUACAAUAACAGGUUUUCUCUGUGUAUGACUUGUGUCAUUUAUAAAAAAAAUAGCAAUGAGUAUUUAAUAUCGAGAUUUCACUAAAUGUGAUAUAAUAAUAUCAUUAAUCCUAGUCCCCUUCCCUCCACUAUCACCCUGGUGAGUGUAUUUUGUACAACUAGUCUGUAUGUCGUUUGUAUUUUAUAACUUCUACGUCUGCAGUGGCGCUGCUGUUCCAGUAUGGACGCUGAUGGCGGUUCGAAUCAUGCAUGGUAUAUUUAACUAGUAUAGAAUUAUUGUUGCGUUUUGCAAGACUGUUUAACAACUGGAGAUCCCAGACUUGGAUUUGUAUUGAUAUUGUUUUAACUCUGGUGCAGAACAUAUUUCAUUCUUGACCAAGUUGACCUAGUCCGACUUUUGUGAUUGUUCUCGAAGUCAAAGUCUGAGACAGUUGGCUACGGUAAAUUCUGUGAACAACUGCCGAGCUGGCGGGAAAAAUCAUGGGUCUCGCGCCGUUUUCCAAGAGGUUUUACCUCGGCACUAGGGUGGAUAGGACAGUGUUUUGUACCCUGUUUUUGCUACCCCUGGGAUGUUUGGUGUAUGGUACA